AUGUCCAUCGAGACACAAGCAGGGCUGCUCUAUCCCUUCAAUAACUUCCUCAACCAUUUGGUAGAUGAACUCAGGGGUUCACAGAGGAUAGAGGGGUCUACUUCGGAUGUGAGGACAGCCGGACAUCACGUCACUCAAGAGCUGUCUGCCAACCCCCAAGCACGGAGCACUCAGGCAGGACGAAGGAGCCACGAGCCAGCUUUUGUCAAAUCUCCCAUGGCCGAUGUGCAGACGGAGGCAGAAGACUUUGGCGAUGAACUCUAA